AACAAAGCAACACUGUUUGUGAAAUGACAACACGUGCAUGAAAAAGUCAAAACAUUAAAUGCCGCUUUGAUCUUCUCGCACUUAUUUGUUUUUCAUACAACAGACUUCUCAAAUAUCUGUUAUAAACCCCAUUUGGAUAACAUAAAAAAUGCCGCAAUUUAAACCGCUCAAUACAAAGAAGUACAUCAAGACCGGGAAGGUCGUAACACCGGAUACUCUAUACUGGAAGCAAUUAAGUGUACCUACUCUGGUAAAAGAAUUCGGCGCCAUUGACUAUGUGGACUUCAGUCCGAUAGAGCCUCAUUAUUUCGCUGUGACUUGCUCAGUGCGUGUGCAAAUUUACAACCCUAUCACAAAAUUGGUGGUGAAAAAUUUGUCCCGCUUUCAAGAAACUGCUUACGGAGGUACAUUUCGACAGGAUGGCCGUCUGCUUGUAGCUGGCGAUGAGCAAGGCUUUCUCAAACUCUUCGAUUCGUCCAGCAAAAAUGUUUUGCGUCUUUUUAAGGGACACAAAGCGCCGGUACACCGCGCACAAUUUACACAGGAUCUACUGCAUAUAGCUAGUUUCUCGGAUGAUCGUACGGUUAAAUUAUGGGACAUUGGGACUGAGAAAACUACGCUUACUUUUGCAGAGCAUGAGGAUUAUGUGCGCGCUGGCGCGGUAAAUCCCAUGUCACCAGACACAUUAAUAUCAGGUGGUUACGACGGUAAAAUUAAGAUGUAUGACACACGUACACAAAACGUUUCGUUCAGUAUUGAUCAUGGGAGCCCAGUUGAAUCUUUGCUGUUUCUGCCAACGGGUGGUAUAUUUAUCAGCGCAGGUGGUACAGAAAUGCGUGUGUGGGAUGCUUUCGCUGGAUGUCGACUUUUAACGAAAGUAUCACAACACCACAAAACCAUUACAAGUCUACGUCUCGGUUCCAAUGGGAAGCGUAUACUUUCUGGGAGCUUGGAUCGUCAUGUCAAGAUCUAUGAUGUCGCAACAUACCAAACUGUGCACACGCUUGAUUUCCCCAACGCCGUGCUGAGUCUUGGAGUUGCGCCGGGAGAUCAAACUGUUGUGGCGGGUAUGGUAGACGGGCUUAUUUCAAUACAAAAUAUGGAAAUAGAUCGCAAUAAAGAAGCGAAACCAAAACGUAAUGCUAACAAACAGCGCCGGCUGACUUCGAUGAAAGUAGAUCACAAUAUCCGUGAUGAAAAGACACCGAAGCUAUAUUCAUAUGACAAUCUCCUCCGCAAAUACGAAUAUGUUAAGUGCUUGAAUGUUGUAAUGGCAUCUCAUUUCGCACGUGGCUAUCCUGAAAUAACAAUUACAGUUAUGCAAGAGCUCAUACAUCGCAAGGGUUUGCAUCGGGCGUUAGCAGCACGCAGUCAUGAAUUUCUCUCGCGACUCAUCUCGUUCAUAUGCCGUUUCAUUGGGGAACAUCGAUUCAUGCGAACAAUGAUUGAUGUGGCAGCGACUUUGCUGGAUGUAUAUGCCGGAACCUUUCAUGAAUUUACAGGUGAAUUGGGAAAAGAUUUUAUAAGACUGGCAGGGGUGUUGCGGCGGGAAAUAAACUUAACAUACAAUUUAAUGGAACUCCAAGGAGGUUUGGAAUUGCUCGAAACCGCUGCAGGCGGCGUAGAAAACGGUGACGAGUAUCACAGAUUUGUAAAAGAUGAUAACGAUCAAUUAAAACAGUCCGCCCAAGCAAAGGAGUCCUCUAUUUUGACUGUAUAACAGCCGGAUGCAAUGGAAGAAUGAUAUGUAUGUGUUGAAGUAAUAAACAAUUUCAAGUUAUUCUUUAGUAUAUGUACGUGCAUAUAUAAUUGUACCAAAUGUAAUUUAAAUAAAAAAUGUAGAUAGGUAUUUUAAAGCUA